AUCUGAAAUUUCCGACCGUUAGCUCUUCAAUCCUAAUCCCGUCCUUAGCACUCUCGGACUCUCGCUCCCUCACUCUCACUCUCUCUACUCGGAUUUGAUCUGUGUUCGGCCACCCUUCUUGGACCGGAUCUGUCAUCUGUGCUUCAACUUUCUCUCCGUCUUAGGGUUUUCAAUGGAAACUUCUGAAAGGUUUUCAGAUCAAGGGUUGGAUUAAAUCACUGAGAAAAAAUACAAGCAUGGAAGGGGACUUUCGAAAGCCUCCUCUCACUUACAGUGCCAACGAGAUUGAUGCCUAUCAAAUCCUGCUCCAACUUCCUGUUUUAGUUUGUGAAACAUAUUCUCGCCUCAAUUGUUUCGGAGUCAAUUGGGGCUUUAAGAGGAGGGGAUCAAACCCACUUCCAACCUCUAUCAAAGACAAGGUUAGGGAUCCUGCAACCCAGGUUUCUUCCUCUCCCGGUGAAUUCCAAGAGAACUUGAAAAGGAAGAGGAAGCAUGGGGAUGUGAAGCAUGAAUCUGGAAGGAUGAAGGCUUUCAACUUGGGAUCGAAAGCAAUGAAGCAAGAUAAUCCCAUCAGUCCACUCGGAAUUCACAACAUCCCUUUUGACUUAUUGGCCCAAGAGUUUAAUCUGAAUGAGGCUAAUAGGAUUCUGGAUAAGACCAUGGCUGCUCAAGCGGGAAGGACAAGGCCAAGAACUCUGUCUGCCAGUAGACAAUGCUACCCAAUACUAACAUAAGAUGCUCGAUGAUUCUUCGUACAUUCAUCUGUAGUUUUUGUUCUCUAUCUUUUCUUCUUCCUAUUCAUCUAUCUGUACAUGGGCCCUGCAAUCCAGCUUUGUUCCUCAACCAGUCGAUUCCAAUAGAAGCUAACAGGGGUUGUAAAUGAUGGUUCUGAAGAAAUGGAGGCUUCCAAAUUAGUGUUGAAAGCAAGGAAACAAGAUAAUCACAUGGGAUUUAUUCCUUGUUCUUGAUCAGACUUCUUUGUCUAGAAAACGAUGCUAACAUUCCAUUUGGGUGGCGCAAGAAUGAGAUAUAUUGAGAUAUUUAAGGCCAAGAACUUAAUGGCUUGAUGGUUCUAA